GUAUAAGUAUUAAGUCUAGUUUAUCUAUGGAAUGACGUCAUUCGGGUCGAAAACAAGAUUUGACAUUAGUAAUAAGUGAAAGUAUCCUUAACUCCUUGUGAAUUAGCAGUUUUUCAUGUCGAAACUCGAAAAUCAUGACUUCCACCGGUACAUAUGGUAAAUAUAGUAAUUACCGUUAUUGUGUUGUCCGAGAAUGCAAGAACACAUCAAUUAAAACCCCAGGAAAAUUAUGGAUACGAGUGCCCAUUGAAGUAAAUAUGCGGAGGAUAUGGCUGAACCUUGCUCACAAGGAUCCGGGUUCUUAUGCGUCUGACUCUCUAUUAUAUUUUUGCGAAGAUCACUUCGAUUUAGAGAAUGACAUGGAAAACUACAUUAAAUAUAAAAUAAUGGGCUCAGUUAAAAGGAUCCAAAUGAAGCGAAACUGCAUACCAUCCAGGUUUGACUGCCGUACUGAACGAAAAGCCAAGCUUACCACAACAACAAAUGACAAACAGUAUAAUAACUACAAAAAAACAGCAGCAAUGCCUGUAUCAAAUUAUUUUGAACAAAACUAUUCCUUGGAAACAUCAACGUCUUGUUUUCAGCAAGAUAAAUCCAAACACAAUGUGCCGCAGAAACCAAAGCAUCCAAAGAUAUAUGAAAAUGGGCCUACAUUGUCAUUAUUCUGUAAGGAAGCUCAGUCUCAACCCAGUCAACCAAUAGUUCCUGUUGCUCCCCACCAACAGAAGUAUCCAUUUAGUUGUAAAGCUUGUGGAUUUAUUAUUGACAGGUUCUCUUUCUGGUGCGUGCAGUGUGCAUACGGCCCGCUGUGCGGCGCAUGCGCUCAAAGUUCGCAGCACGACACACAUUUCGUGAUGCGCGCGCCAGAUGGCGCCACCCUUAAACAAACGCGGGCAGUACUAGCAGGUAUAAGACAAUAUCUGCUCAAUGAAAAUCUACUAACAUUGUAUGACAUCGACGAGAGCAAUGUAAAGGUUGUAGUGAAACAGGAGCCAGAGGACCGCCCUGUAACACCACCGCCACCUGUGAGCCUGAUUCGAGACCCUCUCGACUGUGGUCCCCUAAUAGUCUCGGAACCCUAUUCUAUGUCUGAGGAUUAUCCUGAGGCUGUGGAGUUCAGAAGUUCAUCACCCAAGGUCGAAAGCAUAGCCAGUGAGUGUGUAUCCGAAGAAACAAACGACCUUUUUUCCAAGCGGCUUAUGAAAAAAAGACGAAAAUAUAAUAUUCCAAAAGGCCAUCUAGCUCUUUCAGAUGUAUUAUCUAGCGAUAUGAGAUCAAAAUCUCUAAAUAAGUCCAUACCUAGCAAUAGCCCGGUAUCACAAUCUGAAAUUAAAAUUAUACCUGAAGAUCGCACAGAAAAACAAUCUCAUAGCAAUAGUACGGUAACUUUUUCUGGUAUAAAGAACAUACCCAACAAUGACUUAAGAAGUCGAUCAAUUUUAAAAUGUCAGCCUAGCAAAAGUACAAGUAUUCAACGAGGUAAAAUCAGACGUUGUGAGAGAGAUCCUGUCAAAAUAGUAUUAACUGCCGAUCCAACUCACAAAAUCAGAGGGGCAAUUGCCUUAAAAGUCACGAAGGUCCAGAGCAUCCCUAAAGACGAACCUCUCUUAAGAACACCACAGAAUCCUCAAGAUUUAAAAGUCCAACGGGUUUUCGAAACCCCUUCUCCCAUAAAAGACCAAAAUUCACCCUCGGAAUUGAAAAAAUUAGAAGAAUUAGUCAAUUUAAUCGAAGCUCCACUGGUCGAACGCGAAUAUCAACAAAACCAUUUCGAGACAGAAACUCGGCUAGAAAGAUUAGAAGAUACUGAUGAUAAUGAAGAUGAUAUAGACAGUAAAAUUAACAAAGAGAAUUGGAACAAUCAAGAUUCUAUUAUAGACUAUAUAAAAAUUGAAGUAGAUGAUAGAGGUUUAGAUAAAGAUUAUAGAAUAGAUGAAGAGGACAGGAUAAACGAGGAUACAAUAGAUAAGUAAGCAGAAGAUGUUGCUGAAGGCGUGGACGGAGAGUGAGGAACGCAAUACAAAUGGCUGUGAGAGGUCCAAGCAAGGUCCAAGUGACGAGAUGCGUCAACAGCCGCGGUGCAGCUGAAGCUACUUACCUUUAUUAGAUGACAUGCCAAGGAAAGACUGAAAUAAACAUUUAGGAAUUA